AUGAGAAGUAUACGAAUUGUUGGAUUUUCCUUCCUUAUAUGUAUUAUUUUUUUUCCAGAAUAUGUAUCCGUUGAAGAUGGGAGUUUCAAGAGCCGGGUCCUGAAUCCAUUUCACUACCAAAGCGAGAAGCAGAGAAUCAUGAAACACGUGAGUUCAUUAGCUUUUCUGUACAAUGAAUUGAGAAACAAUGUAGAGGAGUUAGAGAGAACGUAUGAGAAUUUCCUAAGAGCAUUAAGAGCUUCGAAAGGAACAGAAGAUAUAAUUCUGAAAAAGAAUGAUGUGAAAAUUGCUAAUUUUAUAAAUGAAAUGGAAGAAUUAAAAAGUGAAUAUGAUGCAUUCAAAGAUACAAUAGAAGAAAAUUUGAAUAAUAAAAAGAAUGAGUUUAACAGAACAUUAAAAACAACAAUUAAUGGAUUUUUUCACAACUCUGUAAAAGAAUUGAAAGGAAUAAGUAAAUACAUAAAAUACAUAAAUAUGAAUGCGAAUAAUUUAAACAAAAUUGUAUCUAGUAUAUUUUCCAAAGCCAUGAAUUUAAGUGACAUAUAUGAGCAAAAUAUAAAUAACAUUUACGAUAUUGGAAAAGAAUAUUAUCGUAUGAAAUUAAGCAUGUUAAGCCAUACCCUCGAAUCAGAAUAUAAUGAAUAUAAUAAAAAAGUAAAAUUUAUUUCAAAUGAAAAAUAUUUAGACAAAUUUUCUGAUGUAUUUUUUAUUGAAAUAUUAAAAAAUUAUUUAAAAAAUUCAAAACAAAAAACAAUUAUGAUAGAUUUAUCCAAUAUUCUAGAAAGACAUUCUUUUCUUGAAUUAUCUUAUUUUUUUAAUAUUUUCUUAAAAAAUUAUCAAAAGGGGUUUAUCAUUUAUGUAAUUAAUAGAGUCGAUAUUAACUAUCAUAAUAAUAAAAUGAUUUUUAUAGAAUAUAAAAAAUUACAUGAUCUUGUUAAUUUUAUUAAAUCAAAUUAUGGACACCUAAAAAUUGAUUAUAUAGAAAUACACAUAUUCAAUAUGUACAUUUCUGUUUUUGUUAAUUCAAAUGGAAUAUUGCAUCACAUUAAUUAUGAGUAUUUUCUCAAUACACAUUCUCUUAGUUUGUAUAAUGCAUAUAACUAUGGUUAUUUUUUUACAAACCAAGAAAUGAUGGAUGAACAAAAUAAUCCCCAUGCCGAUGACACAAAUGGAAAUCAUCAUCCAGGAGGAGACCACAUAUACGUACUCUAUGUAGGAAAUCGUUUGGUACAGGACAAUUACAUAAUGCAUAACAGAGAAGACAUGCUUGAAUUCAAAAAGGGAAAUGCAUACAAAAUUAUUCAACAAAAUAAAUUCAACUCACACGAUUCCUUUUUCAACAUUUAUCUUCUCAAACUGGAAUCUGAAUACAACUUCUAUAACCAGUUUCUUAGUAAUCACCACGAGCAACUGCACCGCUUCUCGGUGCACAAUUGCAACAUAAUUCUCACCUAUGACUCCCUCAGCAGGUUUAACAUUCCCCAUGAGAAAUUCACCCCCCACUUCAAAGAUGUAUACAUCCUCAUCAUUAUCUACCCUGGAAAAAACUUCAACUCCCAGUGUAACUUCGUGAGCAAUUAUGUAUUCAGAAAAUCGAUAUACAACUUGAGAAAGGAAGAAUCAAACGUUCUUGAAAUUUAUGCAGACGGAAAUAAAUUAACGCUACUUGUUAAUAACAAAACGAAAAAUUAUAAUGUAAAUGUGAAUAAUAAAAAAAAGGAUGAUGCCCCUCGAGAAACUAGCCUCUUAAAAAUAAAAAAAUGCUUAAAAAAUUUUGUAAAGAAUAAUUAUGAUGACUAUUUUGAUUAUUUGAAUAUUAUAUAUUUUAUAUCAUCUGAUUAA